AUGAGCCCCUCCGCCGCCGUCCUCCCCCGCGCGCUCUUCACAAACUUCCUCCUCCUCCUCUCCCUCCUUCUCGCCUCCCCGACGUCCGCGUUGAGGAACUCAUCCUGCGGCGUCGUCAACACGCCGCGCUACUGCCGGGGGACCGACUACAACGAGUCCCUCGCCAACACCUACCUCUGCGGCGACCGCCGCCUGGGGCCGACGCAGCUCCCCUCGGCCUGGGAAGACUUCACGGCGGCGCCCAUCCUGGCGGCGAUCGUGUUCGGGUACGACCGCCUCGGCGGGCUGUGUCCGGGCGACUUCCUGGCGCGGUGGACUCGCGACGACGACGGGAGGUAUAAGUACCCGGAAGAGACCCAGGGGUUCCUGCCCAGCGGCGACGGGACCGGCCCGCUGAUCUGGGGCAACGUCACGCUCCCCGUGGGCACGCUGAUCGACCGGUUCGGAGGCGAGAGCGGGAACUAUACGAGCCCCGCGGGCACGCCGUACGCGCUGAGGGCACUGCCGCCUUCCAACCUCGUCGAGACGACGACCGAUUACCCCUACAACUACCACGUUUACAGCGUGGCCGAGCCGCUAACGGUGCUGGCCGGGCCUAUCCAGCCCUGGUUCGGACAGCCGGGAACCGGGGUGCAGUACGAACUGUACUCGGCUGUCUCGGUUCUGAUCAGAGAAGGGUCUCUGAGGAGGGAGGACCCGUCGGUGCUGCUUCCUUAGUGCCUUUGAUCGAUGUGCUCAAGUUGAGAGAAUCUAGGCCACGUACCAGCCAUCUCUGCCUCAUUUUCUUUUGAUUUUAUUGUUAACUAUUUUAUUCUAUGAUGUUAUGUUACUAGACCUUGCACUCAAAUUGUUACAGCAUUUGGCUGUCUAUAGGUCAGAGCUAACUGACCUACCAACAGGGAUAACGAGCCAGGGUCAACAUGUAUUUAGACAGCUUCUCUGAGUACCUCUAGCACUUAGAACAAUCAACGCUUUUAUCACCU